GUUGAAGGGGAAAUAAAUAACAACAACGUGAAUGACACAUCAGCACCAUAAUUUAGUUACUUGAAGAAAAAGAAACAUGUUGUAGAUAUGCGAAUAACUAAAUUAACCUUCAGAAGGAAGAGCAAGGAUGCUGAAACGUUGCCAAAGAUGUCUUUAUGUAUUUUUUACUGUAGUGCCUUAUUAAUAAUAUGUUGCAAAUUUGGUGAUGCUGUAAAUAUUUUUAAAAAUCCGCUUGACAGUUUGGAAAGAAAAUAUGGAUCCUUUCCAGAGACCCUUCGUCUACAAAUGCUGGAAGAGUCGAAAAAAAUGUUUUAUUUUGCAUAUGAUAAUUACAUGAAGUAUGCCUUUCCUAAAGACGAGUUGAAUCCAAUACUUUGUUCUGGUCGUGGGCGAGAUAUUGACAAUCCUUCCAACAUCAAUAUAAAUGACAUUCUUGGAGAUUACAGCCUUACUUUGGUGGAUUCAUUAGAUACUCUGGCCAUCUUGGGAAAUGCUUCAGAAUUCCAGCAGGCAGUUGCAAGAGUCAUUAAAAGUGUUAAUUUUGAUAAAGAUCAUGUGGUGCAGGUGUUUGAAGUCAACAUCAGGAUUCUGGGAGCUCUUCUUUCAUCUCACUUGCUUAUCACUGAUCCAAACCAACCAUUUGGGAAGUUGCGACCUGCGGGGUAUGAUGGGGAACUUCUGCAAUUAGCACAUGAUCUGGCAUCACGCUUGUUGCCUGCGUUUGCGAGCACAACUGGAAUACCAUAUCCUCGGGUGAACCUGCGCCAGGGCUUGCCGCCGGACUCCAAGACUGAGACGUGCACCGCUGGAGCGGGCUCUCUGCUGCUGGAGUUCGGCUUGCUGAGCCGUCUGCUGGGGGACCCCGUGUACGAGGGCUACGCUCGCAGGGCCAACAGGGCGCUGUGGGGCCUCAGAGACAACACCACAGGUCUUCUGGGUUACAUUCUUGAUGUUGAAUCAGGAACGUGGUUGAGUCGUAUGAGCGGUGUCGGUGCUGGCUUUGAUUCAUUCUUUGAGUACCUUUUGAAGUCUUACAUUAUGUUUGGCGAAAAUGAAGAUUAUGAAAUGUUUUCUGAAGCAUACAGAGGAAUCAAACAGCAUAUGCGCAGAGGACGAUCACAUUGCAACAGCGGGGCUGGCGACCACCCACUCUAUGUGAAUGUCAACAUGCGAAGUGGAGUCGUACAGACUUCAUGGAUAGAUUCUCUGCAGGCAGCUUUUGCUGGUGUGCAGGUAUUGGAAGGUGAUGUUGAAGAAGCCAUUUGUGUUCAUGCUCUUUACUAUACAAUUUGGAAACAGUUUGGAGUGUUACCUGAGAGAUGGAACUGGCAAAGUUCCUUAGCCGAUGUCCACUUUUACCCACUUCGACCAGAGCUGGUAGAAUCAACGUACUUAUUAUAUCAGGCAACAAAGAAUCCAUUUUACCUGCAUGUUGGCAUGGAUAUACUGCAGUCCCUCAACAACUUCACAAAAGUCAAAUGUGGCUAUGCAACAGUUCACAGUGUUCUGGACAAAAGCUUGGAGGAUCGCAUGGAGAGUUUUUUCUUAAGCGAAACAUGCAAGUACUUGUAUUUGUUAUUUGAUAAGGACAACUAUGUGAAUAAACAUUCUGGCGAGUUUAUAUUUAGUACGGAAGGUCACCUCAUGCCAAUUCAUCCACAGUUCCGUACCAAGGUUUGGGAAGCCAGGAGUUACGGAAACUACGAGUGUCGCUCACCCAAUUCAUCAACAAAAUGUGAUGCUGUGGAUAAAGAGAGAACACAUUUCCUUCCACUUAAAAGUCGAUACUUGGUACAGAUAGGAAGGUUCUUGGGAUUAGAAUCGUACUGAGAGUCACAAAUUCUGUGAUUUUUCAUUCCAAUUUUUGCCUACAGAACAUUCCGUGAUGAAAAGAGCAGCGUUCAUAAGUGCUUGGUGGAUUUUUUAUUACUACCACAAAAAUUCUUAUUUCUUGUUAUUUGUUGGUACAAAUAAAAUUGGCUGUUAUGCAGCAGUUAUUUUCGUAACAUCUGGGAAAGUAAUCCCAUUUUACGUUUUAAAUAUAUUAUAUAUAUUUUUAAUGCAUUGAAGUGUUAUAAUAACUUUCACAACAGAUGGAAAAUGAACUGCUGUAAAGUUGAUAAGUUAUCGGAUGUUAAGUUUGUUACCAGUAGUAAAGUAGAACUAAUGACUUUUUAUCAUAUUUUGUAUAAUGUUUAUAUAUGCAAACUAUUUUUGAUAUGGAGAUAAUAUUUUAUGGUGUAUAUUUAUGAAUUUAAAUAUUGAAAUACUAUUUUUAGACUUGUUAUGUGAAAUUGUUUUGUGUUAUUUCAUAAGUUUUUCUUCUUCAAUGUUUUAGCAGCAGGUUAUAUUUGAACUUACAUUGUCUAGUACAAUAAAAAUAGUUAUCCAGGUAAAUAUUUUUCAUGUACGUUCUGUGUAUCAAUAGCAUUGAAAUUAUGAUAUUUUAAGGAAAAUGAUUUUUAAAGAUAAAAAUAACAUAACUGAAUUUUAAUAAUAAUUUUAUGUUCUACCUCAACAUAGCAUACAUCUAGUGUAGUAUUGUACAGCAGAUUUUUCAAAUUUUUGAUAAUUAUACCAAAUAUCUAGCAAAUUAUGCAUAUCUUAACAUAAUUAAGAUGCGCCCAACUAUUCUUCUAUAACAUUUAUUCUUUUAAAUUUUUUAGUUAUAAACCAAGAACAUGAACUGUAUUUUUUGUAGGACAGACAAUGGUAUAAAAACUAUGCAAUUGAGAAAGUGUUGUGUACUAUAAAAUAUAUUUUUGGAACGCUGACAAACCAUGGUUUGAAAGGAAUAAUUCUGUUCCGUAGUCCUGACUUAAAUUUAAAACAUGUGUGUGCCCAUUAUGUGCUGUUCUCAUUGGCUCGGUAAUGUAAUUAUACUUUCCAGGCACAGGCAGUGCUCUUUAAUCCAGCAUUCUGCGGUUUGUCCGAUCGUGCCGCUUGAAUUCAGAUUUUUUCAGACUGAUUCAGGCAUUUGUUGACUGUGGACGUAACAUAUCAGAAAUGUUUUUAAUCAGUAAUGUUUAUAUGCAUUUUUUCUUGCCAUAGAGCUGCUGACCACAACUUAUUUUAAAUGUAAUUGUACUUUAUAUUAAUUUUUCGUUUGUUUUCCCAUUGAAACUAUAUUGACUUGUGAUAAUCCAACAUGCCGUGAUCCCUAACAUUUAGGAUUAAAUUGAUUUUAGUGUAAUUUUAUUUUUAGCUAAUAUUAAAUUUAUUUUGGACUUUUUGCAGCAAUUGUUUACCAAUUGAUAAUUUGCGAGUACUUAGUUUUAAAACUACAGUAAAACCCUUAUUUAACGAACCUCUUUAUAACAAAAACCUUCUUGUAAUAAUCUGUUUGCUAAGUCUCAGUCAAAACUGUAGAUAUUACAAACAUUUUUCUUCUCUUUCAAAUAUAAACUCUUUUUUAAGGACAGAAGUAUCAAUUCAUAUUAUUUUUCUUUAAAAUAGCAAAAAUUUAUUAAUAUUUGACCGUUUUCAGUAUUUAAUGAAAAGCAAUAGGAAUUCAGAACAUUCACAUUUAAAUAUUCACAAAAAAAAUUCAUAGCAGAAAUAGAACACUGCAAAUCUCUGCCACAAAUACUGAAUAUUGCUUAUAAGUGAUGGGAAAGUGAACAAUAAAAAUACAAGAUCAUCAGUUUGACUCAUUUCUUUAAUCAAAUUAAUUUUCACCACAUAUUAAAUGCAGAAUGGCCAAAACAAUUUAAUGGCGUUUGAGAGUUUGACAUAUCUGUAAUAUGGCUAGAAUACUUAUAUAAAUUCUUUUAUUUCACAAUUCAAUUGAUGUAUCAAAUGCACUGCCAUUUUUGUGACAAUUUCCAGGAAUAGUGGGAAAUCUGAUACCGUAAACUGACUACCAUUGUUUCAUUCCACUCAUUUGCAAAAAAAAAACUCUUUUGUAACAAACACACAAAAAUUCAGUUUCUUCAGUUUUGUUACAUAGAGGUAUUAUUACUGAAUAUGAGCACAUGGUUUGAUUUUUCACUAAACAAAUAAAAAUUUACUAGUCUUUAUUUUACAGUUAUUGGCAUAAUAAUAAUAAUAAUAAUAAUAACGCUUACCCCUCUUGGCUAUGUGCCUUACAAGGGCUCUCUUUUACGUGUAGAUUUUUUGAAAAAGAAAUAAUACUAAUUUUUUUUUUCAAUUCUUAAUUUUCAUAGUUUGAAUUUGAUUUAUUGUUUAGUUUUACUGGAUCCAUGUGCUGUAAAUAUAAUGAGAUGAUUCUGUUCUUGUACUAAUUUAGACUCGAAUCCGGGAGGUCUAGCUGUAGAAGGUUCCCCAGUCUGAAGACAGCAAUAAGCCCGGACACCCUAAAAUGUACUAUCUGGCCACUCUUGUGAGUGGGAGAUGCAAAACUGCUAACUACUAUUCCUUCUCGUGGACUCACAGUCCUGAACAGUGGCGUAGCCAGGAUUUGUGUAUGGGGGGGUAUUAAGAAGCGUGCCCCCCCCCCCCCCCCUGGGAAAAUUUGUAUUUCAAGGUGUAAAAUAGUGGUAUUUUAGCUGUUUUCGGUACUUAAAUUUAAAUAUUGUAAUGGUAAAAUUUUUAUUAAUUUUUAAUAUGAAAUUUUUUAGUGAUGAAUAAGAAAUUUAAUUAAAUAUUUAGGGCUAAGGGGGGGGGGUUUGAACCCCUAAAAUCCCCUCCCCUGGCUACGCCCCUGGUCCUGAACCAAAUGGGAUCCCUCCCGCGAGCUCAGGGGAGGUUCUGUGAACUGUGGCCCUCCACUUUCGUCCGAGUAGGUUUGAGGUCUGUGUGCCGUCGGCCAAUCCAAGUCUUGAAUCCAGCAGCUGUGGAUUCAUUUCACUUGUUUGAUUGAGCCGUCACUAACUUGGUACACUCUUGGGAUUCUCAGCCAAUGAUAAACAUGUUUUGCUCGAGACUAUAAACUAAUUUGUCUAGGUGAAAGUGGAAAUGACUUCUUCAAAAGCAGCAGCCAAUGAAUAUGAGGCUCGUUCUGUAGUACGCACAAGAUUUGUAACAUGUCUCAAGUUAUUUUUCACGUUAUUUCCCAAAAGCAGGGACUCUACAUAAUUACCUCUGUGAACUUCAGAUAUUUAGUAUCAAUUGCCAAAAUAAUAUCAAUUGCCAAAAUAAUUUUGCAUUAUGAUUUAAAAAUAUAAACUGUAAUUGUAAGUUUCCACAAGCAUUAUUCAUUUUCACCCAUUCUUUAAUUUAAUAUAUCUGGAAAAAUAAACUUUUGCAACUUCUCGAGCUCAACUUGAUUAAAAAAUAAUAAAUCUGGGCUCUACUUGACUCUAUGCAAAAAAUUUUAGACCUAUUUGUUUCUAGUAAAUUGUAUAAUUUUUUAUAUCAGUAAAUAUUUAAAUUUUUAGCUUAGAAAAUGGAUAGCAUGUUCAUUUCAGUUGCAUAUAAAAAUGAAUUUCUUAUAUUUUUAAACAUUAAUUUAUAAAUUUUUUAUGGUAGCAGUUAUAUUUAUCACCAUUUGGAUCAGGCCUUAUAUGAAUAUGACAAAACUUCCAGAAGAAAAUUUCUUUCCUUCCAAAAAUGUUUCACGUAAUGAUUGUUUUAGGAGAAAAUCUGUGAUAUUUAUUCAUAAGUCAUAACUAUAUAUAAAUAUGCUUAAUGAUAAUGUUUAACAAUUUUUAUAGUGGAAUAUUUAUAUUGGAUGAAUGAGUAUAAGAACUACGUGCAGUCCUCUACUUUUGUAGGUAUUUUGUGAGUUCCUGAAAAUGUAUAUUAACCCUUACGGGGGUGCCUCCCGUUUCAGGUCAAGAUAUUAUAUUUACAGUAAUUACAGAUAAACUUGUAGACUUUUUCAAUUGUUUAACUUUCCCGAAAUGAAAAAUAUAUACAGCGCAUACUUUUUGCAUAAAUAUCUGCCAAAGUUACAUUUUGAACGUUUUUGGGUUGUACAAAUAAGGAGAAUUCACCUAAUUUAUUGCACAACUGAAACUUUUUAGGUUUAACUGCCAUGCCACUGGCUACUUCAAGAAAUGGUUUGAAUUUCUUUCAGAAAAUAUUAAUUAAUUUUACCUGGCAUUUCAACAUUCUCAAAAUUGUUACAAUUUUGACAGCCAAGAAACAUGAAAUGAGUUUUUGUGAUAGAAAUGCAAACCAUAUCGUGAAGUAGUCAGUGGCAUUGCAGUUAAACCUAGAAAGUUUCAGUUCUGCAAUAAAUUAAAUUCUCCUUAUUUGUACAACCCAAAAACAUUAAAAAUGUAACUUUGGCAGCUAAUUAUGCAAAAAGUAUGCACUGUAUAUAUUUUUCAUUUCGUAAAAGUUAAACAUUUGAAAAAGUUUAAAAGUUGGUCAGUGAUUAAUAUAAAUAUAAAAUCAUGACCUGAAAUGGGAGGCACCCCCUUAAUUUCCCUGUGUCCAUAUGGACACACCUACAGUAUAUUAUUCUAACCGCUAUGGAAUUAUUUCUUUGGAAUUUUUUACGUUCCUACCCUUACAGUAGUUUUGAAAAAAACAUGUAUUGUGAUCAAGUAUAAAUAUUUAGUUAUAAAAACACAUAGCGAAGCUAUAUGACUGCUAUUCCCGGAAAAGUUUGGAAUGUACAAAUCAUGGACAUUGAAACAGAGUGAUUGAAUUAUUUUGUAUUUAAAUUGCUUUAUUUUAUACUCUAUCUAUUUAAAUGGUAUUAUUAUUGCUUAUUCAACUGUACAACUAGGUUAUGUUUUAAAAAUUUUGUAUUUGCAUUAUGUUUUGUACAGUUAAAUCCCGAUUGUCCAAAGGGAUACACUUGGCAUUAGUGAUAGAAAUUUGUAGCACUUUGGUGGAAGUGUUGGAAAUAGGUUGUGUUUCCAUCAUAAGCCGGUAACCCAAUAAAUUUGCUUUCCAAACAUUAGUAUAAUCAUGCUAGUAUGUACUUAUGCAUACUAUAUGUACAUGGGCUGGAUUUGUUGUUUACUUGCCAGAUUAUUAUAUCAGGCCAUUAUUUGAGUGAUUUGCAGAAAUCAGUAUUGCAAAUAUGCAACAUUUAUAAACAAUUCAGUCACCUCCCUGCUUUUUUCAGUCUCUGGGAAAGUAUUCCAAUGUCAAACAUCACUGUUCAAGAGGCAGCAGAUAUCUUGUUUGGAUACUGCUGAUACCAUGUACAUUGCCCACCAGAUCCCAACACACUCACCGAUGAAGAUGAAGGUGGAAUAUUCAAUAAUUUUAUUCAGAGUAAACUGUCUUCUCAAGCAGAAAUACAAUACCAUGAUAAAAAGGAUGAAAAACCAAAUACAUUUCAUCGCUUGGCAAGAUCAACAAAAAGAACAUGGGUGUAUGGAAAAAAUUGAAUCCUCUCUGAAACAAUUUCCUGGUGUGCCUAAUACCAGGUAACAAGAUUUCUCAAUAGUUGAAUUAUUUGAGUUAUUCUUUAAUGAUGAUUUAGUUGAAUACUUGGUUGUAGAAUCAAAUAAUUAUGCGACUUCUAAAAACUGUGAACAUCCAAACAUUACUAAAGAUGAACUUAAGUGUUUCCUAGCAAUUUUGAUACUCAGUGGUUAAAACAGCGUUCCAAAUAAAAGACUGUACUGGGAAAAACGUAAGGACACACAAAAUGAAUUUAUUUCUAAUGUGAUAAGAAGACAUCGGUUUGAACAGAUACUUAAGAUUCCUCCACAGUGCUGACAACAAUGAUAUAAAUACAUAUUAAAGAUAAACUGUGGAAAAUAAGGCCUUUGUUUGAAAAUAUAAUGUUUACAACAUUUUCUUACCCAGCAAUUUAUCUUAUGAUGAAAGUAUGGGUAAGUAUUUUGACAAACAUUCUUGUAAACAGUUUAUUAGAAGCAAGCCAAUACGUUUCAGUUAUAAGGUUUGGUCACUAUAUUCAGUUAAUGGUUAUCUUGUGAACUUUAGUAUUUACCGAGGUAAAUCUUACAGAGAAACAGUUCACAUGAAGAUAAUUUUGGCAAGGCGUCUGCCCUCUGUUACAAAGGACCUCCAGCGGCGCAGCCAAUGUACCAGCGUAGCCGGUGAACAACGUACUAAGGACACUGCAUAGAUCAGUCUCUAAGACAAUUAUUAAAUCGCGCUUUGCCACUACAGCGCGGCCUCGGAUAUCGACCUGACUCGACCCGUACAUUGCUCAAAAAAAUGAAUGAAAUGGAUGAUAUGACAGGGUCACCACCCGCCUGAUGGCGUGGCGGGAACGCGAGGGACAGGGAGGAGGGCAGAUUAGUGAAAAAGCCCCAGCGCCACGUCAAGGCUCUGCCCGUGCUGGGGUCAGCCGUUUGGCUGCCCGAAGGCUCACCAAGGAUGACUUCAGUGAAGAAGAGAAUUUAUUACCUUACCAUUACUUUUUUAACAACUUAUUUACAGGACUCGAUCUGCUAGCAUUUCUAAGAGAAAAAGGAUAUGGUGGCACAGCCACAAUUAGGGAAAAAAGAAUCCGUAAGUCAUGUCCGAUAACAUAAAAAAAAAUGUUCUUCUGAAAAAGGAAAAGGGCUCUACCACGAAACUUUUAUUUUCAAAGAAGAUAGUGUUUUAGUUUCAAAGUGGGUUGACAACUCAUCAAAUUGUCUUUGUGUUGAGCCAUAGUCUGAAGUAAAGUAGUAUUCUCAGAAAGAAAAAAACAUAUGAUUUAUGUGCAGCGGCCUUUCCUUUUUAGUGAAUAUAAUCGAAAAAUGGGCUGUGUUGAUCAAAUGGAUCAAAACAUUGCUAAGUACAGAGUAAAUAUUCCAAACAGAAAGUGGUACAGUGGAAAUCCUUAUAAAACGGAAUAAAAUUAAUUGGUCAAGAAUAGCUAAUAACAACAUUAAGCGUAAUCCCAAAAAAAUUUUGGUACUAUGUAAAAUUAAUGAAGGAUGAUUAUUUUGAUCAAUAUUCUUUAAAAAUCAAUGAUGUUAUGUUCUAUUGUCUAUUUGUCUUCCACUUAUAACUCUCCAAUUCCUAAUACGGACAUAGGUCUCGUUUCUAUACCUGUACCAACCAUUUCUAAAAGUCAUGUCCUUUGGGGAAUUAGGUUCUAAAAAUGUCACAAUCAACAAGACCUGAUGGCAUUCCGAACUUCAUUUUGAAAGGUUGCUCCCAUUUGUAAGCACCAUUACUACAACAUAUUUUUAAUACAAGUAAGAAAUCACAAGUGUUUCCCAAUAAAUGGUAAAUAGCCAAGGUAACACCUAUCCAUAAAAACGGUUAAAAAUUUAAUGUUUCCAAUUAUCGUCCAAUAUCUCUCUUUAAUGGUUUUUCCAAAAUUUUUGAAAAACAUUAUGUCCUAAUUUCUAAAUUUUCAUCUCAGUAAUAGAUUAUCUAGUAGUCAACAUGACUUCAGAAGAGGAAUGUCUACAGCUACUGACUGAAUUACAUUUCUCAAUCCCAUAUAUAACAAAGUAGUUAAUAGAGGACGGGUAGAUGCCUGUUAUUUCAAUUCGGCCAAAGCCUUUGACACUGUUAACCACUCUUUAUUAAUCAAAAAGUUAUCUCAGUUUGGUUUAUGUGAUAAGUAUAUAAAUUGUUUUUCAAGUUAUUUGAUAAAUAGAAGUUUUUUUGUAUCUAUAAAUAAUAAUAAUAAUAAUUCCUCUCUCCUCAAUGCUUGUUCUGGAGUUCCUCAGGGUGACACUUUAUCCCCUCUUCUUUUUAAUAUAUUUAUUAAUAAUAUCACCAGUAUCUUAAACUACUCCACCGGAGUCAUUUUUGCAGACGAUUUGAAAAUUUACAGGAAAAUUAGUACUCCUAAUGACUGCUUAUUAUUAUAACAUGAUAUUAAUAAAAUCAAUAAUUGGUGCGUACACAAUUUAGUUAGACUUAACAAGGAUAAAACUAAGAUAAUAUCCUGUGCGAGGAAAUAUUACCCAGUUAAGUACGAUUAUAGUUUGUUGAACUCUCAAAUCAUCAGCGUUACAUUAGUAAACUAUCUUGGAAUCUUCCUAGACUUCAAGUUAUUUUUUCAUAAGCAUAUUAACUAUCUAUAGUCUGCUACCCGAAGAACUUUGCCCCUUAUAAAAUUCAUCACAUUUAAUGGUACUAAUUCAGAUUCUAUUGUUUCCCUCUAUUUUUCUUUAAUUAGAUCUAAACUAGAAUAUUGCUCUAUCAUUUGGAACAACAUCAAGUGGACUGAUAGCAAUUAAAUUGAAAGCAUUCAAAAUAAAAUAAUUGAAUUAAUAAAUCUAAAGAAAUUUCCUUAUUCUAUCCUUACAUCUCUCUUUAUUUCAGAGAGACUAAUGACGCUUCUUCAUUCAAAAUUGCUACAACUCUAAAAUUCAAUGUAAGUUGAUCCUUGAAAAUUCUGGCUUGAGAGUACCACAAUUCAAUAUUUUUUUAAGAUCUACUUUAUGCACAAUUAAUAACAAAAACGAACAUAUCUAUAGACUGAUUUCUAAUUACAAUAAAUUAGAUUUGUAAUCCUAUCGGAUGAAUAAAUUGAUAUUUGUAAUUUUGCAAUCUAGUAAAUGCCUUGGUUAAUAACUUAGUAAAUAGUUAUAACAGAGAUUUGUUUUUCUCUUUUUUUGUUCAUUAUUUUGUGUUGUAUGUACUUAAUAAUGUUGGUGGUAUUAUUGUAUUUGUUGUGGUGGUUGUGUUUGUUGUAUGUGUUUUCAGCGCUAAUAUAUGGUAGUCUUGGCUUUGUGUGUUGGCCGUGUGUUGUUGUUACCUGCUGCGGUGCGGACAGGGGUGGGAUUCCAUGUGUUUGCGGUGCUAACCGUGUGUUUGUCUUGCCCACCAUCCAAGUCGCUAACGACUGUUGCUGGGCAUGUUACAAUUUAAAAUUAAUUUAUUAAUUAAAUUAAUGUGUUAGUUGAUAUGUUUUAUAAUGCUCUCAAACUAUAAUGAUAUGCACAGCAAGAGUUUGCCAUUUGAUCCUGUUAACAUGUACUAAGAGAAACACAAAAUUAUGGGCCAUUUUUAAAUUUACAAAGUGAAAACAGAGGGUUGAAUGUUGGGAAACUCAACUAUUAUCUGCUUAGUUUUUAUGUGUUAACAUGCAUUGAAUUUGAAUUUUUUUGUAACAAAGACAUGUCAAAAUGACUAGCUGCUUCUUAGUGAAAUUUUUUUUUAAAUUGAACAAUAAUUUGCCAUAGGAGCUGAGAUAUUACAGAAGAAUAAACCCUAGCAUAGGUUUUGGGUUAUUUUGACCCUUUCUGACCGUUCCCACAGGUAAACUGUUUCCAAGCAAAAUUUCGGAGAAAAUUUUUUUUUUUUUUCAUUUUUUUAUGGUUAGAAACUUCAUAUAUUUGUGACUUUAUUAUUAAGAUGUAUCAGCAACCAUAAAAUUUCACAUUUCUAGGCCUUUCUGUCUCAAGUGUUAUGCAAAAAACAGACAGACAAACCCUCAUUUACUAUAGGGUGUAAAAUUUAAUGGCAACAUUUUCACGUUCCAGGUGCUAGGGUGUUAUAAGGCUGGGGCGGGCCCUUCUCCCUGUAAGCACUGAAUAUUUCUGUUUCCGAGGUUUACAGCACUAUUUUAUUUCAGCAUUUGGAGAAAAAUCAUACAGCGGGUAAAUAGAUUCUUUCUACAUAGAUUGCACCUAAAAAAACAGUUUUUUUAAUUUUAUGUUUUUAGCUAUUUUCAACUAAAUUUCCCCAAUUAUCUCCACUUUUGAUUAUCUUCCAAUGAUGAUGAUCAUGUUAUUAUGUAGACCUUGACAGCAUUAGUUGUUUCUGUAUUUCAGCGUUCUGUAUUUCCAACUUUAUCCCCAGACAUUUGGUAGUUUUUAAACUGUUUUUCGAAAACCAUCUCUAACCGUUUUAUUCUCUAUUAAAGUGCAUCAGGAAAUGUUAUAAUCAGAACGUCUUGUGACUUUCACACGAUCUAGGAGCAACAUUUGACCUUCAUUUAAAUCUAUAAUGGUUAAAAACUAUUGAUUAAAAAUUUUUUUUAUAGAUUUGUGAAUGAAAAACUGAGAUUUGCCAACUCAGUGUAAGUACAUUCGGGUUGUUUUUGAUUAACUGAUUUUUGCUUCACAUGUGUUUUUCCCCUUAUUUAUGGAUUUAAAAGUCCUUUAAAGAGAUGAAAUUAUGUGAAUAGGUGUAUCUUAGGAUCUAGAGUCACAUUAUGGUAAGAGCUGAACAUUGGGUAAAAGGCCAAAACACACGACAUCUCUGAUUUUUUGAUUUUUUGAGUAAACUGAUGAAUUGAAUCUGGGAUAGAGGUGUGGUUUGAGAUCAGUUCAACAAUAAGGACAUAUUCAUAAUGAGAAAGUGACCUCAAGCAUAAGUAUAUAGGCUAAACCCACUCUGACUGAUCACUGUACAACUAAAAACAAAAAAAAACAUAAAUAGCUAACAUGAGUAUGUAAGUUCAUUGUAGGUUAUAGAGCUAUUUUGCACCUUUCAUGUAUAAUGAGCAGUGCGAGAUUGUUCUGCUCGUGGACCACCUAUAAAAAAGAGAGGAUUUUUCUGUCUGUUCACAUAGCGUGGGGACAGUAAGGCAUAUAGCCAGGAAAUUUGGUAAAUGAAUUCUCCAAGCACCUCGAAGCAAUUUUUUCAAACCUCAAUUUAGAUAUUUUAAAUUAAAUAUUUUUAGCAUUAUUCUGUGUAAAUAACUUGUAUGGUCUACCUAACAAAUAAAGUAGAAAGUCACACAACUGUAAAAUUCUUAGCAGAUUUUUGUCGCAGUGUUAUUUAUUAUUAGAGACCCGGAAAUUUCACGGAUUCUUCUGGCCUCAGGAUAGAAUUCAAAGUUAUAGGUGUGCUCGACCCAUGCUUACUUUCCCAUUGGUUGAUUUCUUAGCGAGAACAUUUUUAUCCUUGUUAUUUGGCACUAGCUGAUUCGCUUACUUCUCUCCUAGCUGGGCAUCGUUGGCUCACGGUCAUAGAGGGGCGUGUCCAAGUAACUGCGGGCCAAUAAUGAACACAGUGCGAGAGUGUGAAGGUUUGCAUUCUAGCUUGCGACUAAAUGAAUCCGCGAAAUUUCCGGAUCUCUAUUAUUGUGUGAAUUUAUUUUUAGUCUAUUUUAAAUUUCAGUUUCUAAUUCAGUUUCUAAUAUAUUAUUUUGCUUUUUAAUACUUCCUCUGGUAUUUUCGGGUUAAUCUAUAAUAAUAAAAAAAUUUGUCUGUCUGUCUGUUCCUUUGUAUAAUGACGUCUGUCUGUCUGUUUGUAUAAUGAGCAGUGCGGGAGUGUAGUGUAGACUUCCGUAGCAAAGCACGGGUGCAUCAGCUAGUUCAUUAUAGAACGUUAACAUAAUUUUUCAAACUUUCAUAGGAAUAUCAAUACAGUAGACUCCCGAUUAUCCGGUUUGCGGAUCAACCGUGCCAUAUUUCACUUUCAUACACCAUAAAAACAAAAAAAAAAUUUUUCACUUUUUGUUUUGGUGCAUGAACAAUGGCAAUGGUAAUUGUGUAGCACUAAAUACAAUGCAAUGAAUUAGUAAUGUGACGAAUCAACAAACAGUAUUUUGCUCUUCCUGAAUAGCUAUUGGCUUCCUUCAUUGCAUAAUUAUUUCCAACGACGCACAAGUGUUCAGCAAACGUUUAUAUUCCGCCAUCCUGCAUGACAACAGCAGCUCUGGAGAAAAAAGCCAGAAACACUCAGGGCUAGUUUACCUUGUGCCACUAGGAUGUGGUAGUGGCAAAUCAUGGCAGACACACAUUUAGUAAGCAACAGUGUCGGGAAUUACGUUUACAGGUUAAAUAAUCUUUCUAAUAAUAGAAAAUGUUAAGUUUAUGCUUUUUAAAUUCUUAUUAGAACUGAAAUAUAUCUCCUAUAUCAACAACAUUAUUAUUUUGUAACUCAGAAAUGUUGGUAGCGCCUACAUAGGAAUGUUAUGCACAACCAUUAUUAUGCAGUACGUGAAUUAUUAAAUUUUAUUUUAGGUGGUUUAAUCUCAAAAUGUUAUUUCAUAUUUAUUUAAAUGUAUGUCUAGUGUAUUUAGACAUAUAUGUAUUAGUACUGUACAAUAAUUUUAACAGUAGUGUCAUGAUUAAAAUGGUAGUCGGCAAGCAUACUUACCUGAUUGGAAAACAAAUUAUUUUGAUUAAAAUAACUCUCUUACUGUUUUGAUUAGUGCUCUGUUGUACUGGAACGAAUUAGGGUGUUAGUUUGAGGGACAGGUGUUACAGUGUUUGUCUAGAUAGUCGGGAUGAAAACAUUUCAAUCAGUUUUUUUCUGACAUUGCUUUGUGUUUUUCGGUUCUCCAUGGACCCCUUGCCUGUAAUUACCCCGGAUAAUCGGGAGUCUACUGUAUUUCUUAAGAUAGAUUUGAAAAACAAUAGUAGAAAUUUAAAUUCCAUGUUAGCUUAGAAACGUUGUUUUAAAGAAUCAAUUUUUCAAAUGUUUCCAGGGACCCCUUUCCCUCUGGUGGCUAUUCCAUCUCUCUCAGGCGCCUCAGAAUAGCCUAUCUGCGAAAAGUUAGGGCUCUGCAAAGUCUAGGACGUCGCUGACGGGGCAGGAAUGUAAUAUUGUCAUGUGUUCCUAGUGAGAUGAUGCAUGAAAGAUUGAAUUUAUUGAAUGUAAGUUAAAUUGGUGGUGUUAUGUCUUGUUUAAUAAGAAAGGUGAAUCCUUAAAAAAGUCUAUGAUUGCCUAACAUGUAAAAAUCAUGUAUUUCUGUCAAGUUUCUGGUUAAUGCUAAUAUGUGGGGUAUUGUCUGCUUGUUCCCCCCCCCCCCCCCUUUUUCACGCUUAUUAAAAAGUGCACUUAUAUAUAUUUUUUUAAAUGUGGACAUUAAUACAAAUUUUGGUACUGCAGCUGAAAACCUCAAUCAAAAUUUUAUGUAAUUUGCUGGGAAGUGAUUGUUGAUUGUGAUUUAUACGUGUGUUGUAUGUUUGAUGUUGCUCUUAAAAUUGUAAUGAGAUGCACAGCCAAGUCAGUAAUCUAUGUGCAAGUGUAAUUAUGUGUACUUUAACUAUGAUUAAAUUUCACCCUCCGAGGUUUGGGAUCUUCCCCCAACUUUUGUUAAUGUUUCAGCUCAAUGUUAAAGCACAUUUAAUGGCUUAGCAAUGCACUUAAAAAACUUAUCUUGACAUUUUUAUUUCAAGAUUAAGAUCCUCAUGUGUAUUAUUUGCCACAUUAAAAACAAUUAUGUUGUGAAUUAAAUGAAAGUUAACUUUGUCAUCAUGUAGUCUUCCAUUUGUAAUGGAAGUAGUAAAGCAUUGUAUGAGAAAUACUGACUGACGUGUUUUGUGAUCAGUUUCAUUAUUGCUCACUAUUUCAGUAGAUGCUGGAUGCAUUAAAGCCUCCUUUACAUUGGUCAAAUCGAAGGGUGAGUGAAAUGGUUGAGUCGCUGCUCGCCCUUUCAUGUGAACGGUUGGGUGAGUAUUAGGUACGGUAGUAGAGUACCACACUCGACUCAGUUGGAUGGCGAGUCAAGUGGUUUCGUCGGACACUCAUAGCCUUCCCCCACCACCAUUAACAUGCUUUUCAUAUCACACGCCUGUCCUCACUGCUUGGCGUAUGUGAACAGUCACGCAGUCAUUCUUUUUACAUGUUCGUGUGAACAGCCUGAUGGGUGAAGGGUGAGAGACUGCACACUCCACCUCUUUACUCAACCAAUGUAAAUGAGGCUUUUGAGUAUCAUUUGGAAAACUUGAAUGUGAUUGAAUAAAGUAAAUCAUAUAAUCUAUUCAUAUUGUACCAUUAGUGCCUUGCAUAUAUCUGCUAAUAAGUGCCAAAUGUGUAAUGCAGUGUAAGUUUUUGUUGUGUUGCGUGAACGGAUAAAUUUUCCAAAGAUAA